AUGUCGAAUAAUAAUAAUGCCUUCGACCCGACCUACUACUACCGGUUCUCCAAUACGGCUCUUGGGCCAAACACGACACUUGCAGUUGGUCUACCAAGCGAACCCCCUAAAGUCCCCGGUCUGGACCCCAUUCGCACCUUCACCUCGGAAAAUUGGCAGAUAUUCUUUGACCAAGGAGUCUACUUCAUUCGAAACUGGGAUUAUAAUGCUACAUACCAGCUAGGUCUCACAAGUGAACGGCCGGUCACGCCACAGCUACUGGCUACCGGGCCGGAUUUUGGGAUGCAAUGGAAUCUGACGAUGGGAGAGAGCGGAUGGAUAAUGCGCAAUAUGUUGCUGGGCCCAGUCGACAUGCUCGGGGUGGACAUGAGCGCUCUGAGCCACACAGCACCGGUGAUGAACACCGAUUUAACAGGGGCGGAGUGGUCAAUCGACAUUAACACUUCUGCUGGGAGAAUUACCGAUCAGGCUAUGCUAACAGUCUUUUCAUCGCUGCCAGUUGCGACAAUUGCAUCCCACCCGAAAGAUGAGCCAUCAUCAAGUGAUUCUCUCAGUUCAGGCUCGAUUGCGGGGAUAGUGGUGGGUUGUAUUGCAGGCGCUGCCAUCGUCUUCGUCGUUGUGUUCUUUAUCAUCCGACGACGACGACAACAUCCUCAAGAACACGAGCGAAUUCCCGAUGUUAUGGCAAAGCGACAUCAGUUAGAUGGUGACGGCCGGCGGACUAACGUACUCCCUGGCGAUCCGUUCUACGCUGAGGCAUCAGCGCACUUGGCUGCGACUGAGCUGUCAGGAAAGACGGUGGCUGAGCUGUCCGGGGGGGAUAAAAUAAGUUGA